AUGGCUCACGGAGGAUUACAUUGUCCAGGCGAGUUGGACGUGCUGUACACAGAUCGUAACAGAUCGGAGACAACCAUUUGCUACCCUUCACCCUCCCCCGCUAAGCGCGUUUCAUCUUACUACCCUAAAUUCGGCCCCAAGGUCGUUGAAGACUCCAAUCUCGAUCCUUUCUACCUUGAAUCAUCGCUGGCCGCCACACCAGAUUGGGAUUCUUACGAUUCAGAGAUGCGCAAUGAUCAUUUCGACAACAACAGCCAGUACUAUUCUUUGUCCUUGACCAAGGACCUCCACAAUUCGUUACAAUUCCCUGGACCUGACCGAUCCACACUCGCCCAAGUAGAGCUUGAAAACAGCCUACGCUUCCAUCGAUACACUCCUUCCACAGAGGAACGGAGCCCUCUACACAGCAGCCACGACUCCUUCAGCUCCGUACAGACAGACAGCAGCACCCCGGACUUGACACCGAGCAGCUCAUUCUCUUCAUCUCACUCUUCUACCGACUGCCCGGACGUUGUUCUUGGGGCUACCGAGCAAUUGUACAAGCACGCCCAGGAAGCUCAACAAGAGCCUCGCCGUCGGUUCUAUCUCCCAGCUUCCACCCCUCCAACAUACUCACUUCCUCCCCCACCUCCACCUCCAGUGGCUCCUCUGAUUACUGAUACUCGCCCUACCACUCCUUGCUACCAACAAUCCAACGAAUCCACCACCACUAUCACAAUGGGCUACGAGGACGCCACAGGCUCAGUCUCCUCGCGCUCUCGCCGCAGGAAGCAGCCUCCCACCCUCAACCUCUCUCGUGGCACCAGUGCUCACAGCCACGGACGUAAACAAUCAGGCCCUGGAUCCCGGCCUCCUCUUGAUCCUUCCAUGAUCUCCCCACCCUGUCUUAUCAACCCCGUCACCAAAGAGCCUCAUAUGACCCACUUCGACCAAGCUCUCUUCAUUCCAGCCAACGACUGCCCUAGUCCAGUUCCUAGCCCCGUGGCUAGCUCUCCUCCGAUCUCCCGCCAGUGGACCGCCACAUCCAUGGAGCGUCCAUCUACCUCUACAUUUGAUGCUCACUGUGAGCAGUCAGUCUGGGAGUCCGACUCCGAAUCUGAAUCCGUGGGCCGCAAGUCGAUGUCUCGCAAGCCCAUCGAUACUCUUCGCAAGGUUCGCAGCCGCGCUAAGCUCCGCGGCGCUAAGUCGCAACCUAGACUUCACAAUGCUAUGAUGGAUGAUCACAUCACGGAGAAAUUCCCAUGUAUGCCAGAUGAUAUUCUCGGCGAGCCUAUCUCCGAGAUCUACCGUCCCAGCAUGGAUCGACCCAGCAUCAGCCGUCCAAGCACCAGCCGUGACGUUCCACGCGCACACCACGCAAUGCAAACGCUGCGCCUGGUUGCUCCCUCUACCACAUCUCUCACCCGCCCUCCCCGUUCUCGCAAGAACAGCAGCAUCAACAGCUCAGACGUUGAUCGCUCCGCCGCCGCCGCUUGGCAGGCACAGUACCGUCGCCGCCAACGCUCCGACACCCCCGAAUACCCCAGCUCAUCCUCAGAGCGCAGCGACAAGGAGAAGCUCACCUCGCUCUGCCACGAGCAACACUCCCAAGCCACCAUCCCCGACGCCCUCCGCGAACAGCGACCUCUUUUCCAGCGCUUCAUGGACUCCCUGCGAUCCCUGAACUGCCAGAAGCCCCAAAAGUCUCAUAAGAAGGCAAAUGUUACCACCAUCUAA